UUUUUUAAAAACGAUUGACAACUUUGUUCCAAAGAAAUCGUUGUUUCUUGUGACCCCUUAACAUUAGUCUCCCAUCUAACUAUACUACCUCCCCUGCAAGAGAGGGCAACCCAACCCAUCUCCCACUCGUCCAAAACACGCACCACCAUUACAGCUCUUUGCUUCACUUGAAAGUAUGAGUAUGAAUAUGUAUACGGGCUUCACCAGGCUUUGUAAGGGUCUUGCGGUUGUGCUUGUUGGCGGUCACAUUGUUGUUCAGAUUCUUCCUUCUGCUCUUUCUUAUCUUGCUCUCAUACCUGCCAAGACUAUUCCAUUUGCAUGGAAUCUUAUAACAGCUGGUUACACUGAACAAACAGUGUAUGGGGCAAUCAUCAGCACUAUUGGACUUCUUUUCUUGGGGAAGCUGCUUGAGCCCAUCUGGGGUUCUAGGGAAUUCUUAAAGUUCAUCUUUAUUGUCAACUUUUUGACAUCUGUCUUUGUUUUCAUCACAGCCAUAUCAUUGUACUACGUAACAAGACUGGAAAUUUAUCUCUAUAUGCCCAUUUCCGGCUUCCAAGGAGUUCUUUCUGGUUUCUUAGUUGGUGUCAAGCAAAUCAUGCCCGACCAGGAGUUGUCUAUUUUGAAACUGAAAGCAAAGUGGUUGCCUUCCCUUGCAUUGUUGUUCUCAAUUGCUAUAAGCUUUUUUACAGCAGAUUCAGUAUCUUACCUUCCAACAAUAGUAUUUGGGACAUAUUUAGGCUGGAUUUACCUAAGAUAUUGGCAGAAGAAACCAGAGACAAAACUAAAGGGUGACCCAAGUGAUGAAUUUUCCUUCUCUUCUUUCUUCCCUGAAUUUUUGAGACCAGUAAUUGAUCCAAUUGCAACAAUAUUUGAACGGAUGCUUUGUGGUAGAAGAUCUGAGACUUCUAAUGAGGAAAGGGGCUAUACUCUAGGUGGUUCCACAUUGCCUGGUUCUGAUCCCAUUGAAGCAUCGAGGAGGAGGGAAAGAGGUGCGAGAGCACUUGAAGAAAGAUUGGCAGCUGAGCUUUUGGCUUCUGGAAAGAAGGGUGAAGAAUCAGAACGAGGUGUGAAUGAUAAUGUGUAGAAGUUGGUCUAUAAUAUAUCAUAUCUAACGCGUUUUCUUGUGCGAUAGAAACUAGAAGAUUGUGCACAUUUUUGGCUGUGUACUCUUUUGGAUUCUCUUCGGUAAUGUACAUUUUUCUCGUUUCUAAUUUCCACCACCUUUAAUAUAUGUCGCCAUUUUUGUUCAAA